AUGAGGACAGGUGUAGGAUCCGGCUCUCCCGGACAGGCUCCUGAGGGCCGCGGCCGCCACACCUGCCUCCCACACCUGCCUCCCACUCCUGCCUCCCACUCCUGCCUCCCACACCUGCCUCCCACUCCUGCCUCCCACACCUGCCUCCCACUCCUGCCUCCCACUCCUGCCUCCCACACCUGCCUCCCACUCCUGCCUCCCACUCCUGCCUCCCACACCUGCCUCCCACUCCUGCCUCCCACUCCUGCCUCCCACUCCUGCCUCCCACACCUGCCUCCCACUCCUGCCUCCCACACCUGCCUCCCACUCCUGCCUCCCACUCCUGCCUCCCACUCCUGCCUCCCACACCUGCCUCCCACCCCGCCCACAGAACCAGAGACAGGGGGCGUUCAACUUCCUCUCACAACUGUUUUGUAA